ACAGAUAUAUAUCACAGUUCAGUCGUGUUUCCUAUCAGUCGGAGUGUUAUUAAACAUUUUAAGGAUCACUUUUGCAGGGUUUUCAGUGAACAGAUGAAGAAAAUGUUUCUUAAAUUAGUUUUGAUCUGUUUGUGGCGUCUGGAUGGUGUGUUUGGUUAUGUAGUUUUUUCAGAAAUGUCAGUGAUGGAGGGAGAUUCGGUCACCCUGUCACCCAGUGAAAGCUACGGUACAUUUGAAAUUAAGGAUGGAUAUCCAAUAUGGUGGUGGUUUGGAGAAUAUUUACUAGCUGAAAUAAAUGUAAUUAAUGACAGCAUCGCUGUAUAUGAUGAUGUCGCUGAUGGGAGAUUCAGAGACAGACUGACGGUGGACAAUCAAACCGGAUUUCUGAUCCUCACAAACAUCUCAACUGAUCAUGCUGGAAAGUAUAACGUAAAAACCGACACCGACCAACCAAUGAGUACAGAUUUCACUCUCAUUAUCAACUAUAAGGUGAAGUCAGUGUCAGAAGUCAGAGAUUCAGUCACUUUAAACCCUGGUCUUACUGAAAUAGGCCUACGUGAAAAUACCUUACUCUGGGAGACUGAAUCACUAGCUUUCACUGACGGGAGAUUCAGAGACAGACUGAAGCUGGACAAUCAAACUGGAUCUCUGACCAUCACAAACAUCACAACUGAUCAUACUGGAAUCUAUAAACUUCGUAUAACUAAUGAAUUGUUACCACCAUCAUCAAAAACAUUCAAUGUUUCCGUCUAUGCUCGUCUACCUGUUCCUGUCAUCAUCAAUAACUCUUCACACUGUUCUUCAUCAUCGUCAAAUUGUUCAUUGGUGUGUUCAUCAGUGUUGAAUGUGAGUCAUGCGACUCUCUCCUGGUACGCAGGAAUGAGUGUAUUGUCCAGCAUCAGUGUGUGUGAUCUCAGCAUCAGUCUCUCUCUACCUCUGGAGGUGGAACAUGAGGAUAAAAACACCUACACCUGUGUGUUGAACAAUCCCAUCAGCAACCAGACCACACAUCUGGACAUCAACACACUCUGCAGCCACACAUGUGCAGACUCUGUCCACUGUUGUGGUCCUACUGAAGCUGUGCUCCGAUUGGUCCUCUCUGCUCUGGUGGGCGUGGCUACGGUCAUUGUUCUGAUUUAUGACAUCAGAUCCAGAAGAGCUGAACGAGAUCAAGCACAUAUUCACAUAUCAGGAAGUAUUGAAAUCUAAAGCAGUACGCCGAAAAUCAAAGUUGUUUUUCUAGUGUUUUUGUGCUUAUAAAUGUAGUUUAUUACUCAAGCUUGUACUAUCCCUUUGCAUUUUCAACGUCUUGAUAUUUUUAAACAUUUAUAUUUUAUUUUUAUUGUUUAUAUUUCCCUCAGACUUGUAAAACAAAAGAAUAAAGAGUUAAACAGAUGUCACUUUACUAUUACCGCUCUCCAUUUGUCAUAUGUAUUUUGCUUGGCUUUAUCAAUAAAAGUUCUCACUCUGA